AUGGCUCUGCUCAUAAAACUGGGGCUCCUGCUGCUGGGGGCUACAGCCACAUCUGCAGUGGUUCGAUUUUAUGUUCCUCAAGUUACAGUCAAGACAGUUUUAGGGAGGCUGACGAAUAACAGCUUCGCGCUUGAUCAACCACAGUGCAUCUUUCACCAGUAUAACACAACUAAUGUGUGGUUGGUUACUGCACUGGAUAGUGUUGUGCCAAGCUUGACUGUAAAAGAUCUCAGUAAUCCAUCUGAUUACAAUUUAUUCCAAACUAAAAAAUACUAUCAUCUCUACCAGAUGCCAGCGGCCAAUUUCCCAUGCUCUGAUACCGCUCCAAAAUCCAAAGCUUUGAUUCCGAUUGGAACUCAAUUCAAUUGCCUUAAUGUUUCAUUUUGUAAUGGCAUCUUAACAGUAAAUGGACCUUAUCGGGUUAAGUUUGUCUUGCUGAACAACACUCAACUGGUCCAAGAGACUCGCUGGUCUGAUAAAAUCAACCUUGUAGCAGGAAAGAGCUCAACUACUAUUGAUACAUGGCCUGGAAGGUAUAGUGCAGGCAUGAUCGUAAUUGUCGUCAUACUCUCCAUUCUCCUGUCUCUUUUGCUUGCAUUCCUAAUAGCUGCACUUGCCGUUGGAAGCAAAGAUAUUUGUUGGUGCCACACUAUUGAUAAUGAAGGAUUUCUGGCCAAAGAAGAAUUUCAUUUGGAUGACUUUAAUAUACCUCCAUACAUCCCACAUAGUACAUAUAUAACUCAUUUGAGAGGGACAAAGACUCAACAACACAAAAGCACCGUGUACACAGUGCAGUUCCGCAGUGGUUGGAUAGUCCGUCCAACAUAUUGUUUUCCACAAACGCAAUCUAACAGAUAA